AUGCCCGAGCCUCAAAGUGAGCCCUUGGGUCAGAUACAUUCCGUCCGACGCUCCGUUACUUUCCCCACGAAGUUAAUCCCGCAGUCGACACGCGGUUCCGGGGCGCCAAAUCCAAAUGUCGCGGAGAACGUCAUCUUCUAUCAUCCCUCCGCGAAGAUAGUUCAUUUUGCUCCCAGGGCACUGGCCCCGAUCCCGUCCAGCUCCGCACCCACCGAUUUUGAUUAUCCCGUCGAUACCAUCGAAACACUCCCCUGGCGCUCUGCGACGGAGCGAACCGUCGCAACUGCGCCGUUGAGACUUGAGAAAGUCCAUGGGCUGACCGUGUUCCUGAAAUGUGGAAAUGUCGUCCAUGCGAUUCUAAAGAAUUCACAGUGCUGGUGUGUAGAUGGAGUCUCGAAAUUCGUCUUGCGCAUUCGCCCUCUCACAUAUUAUCGCAUCGAAAUACCCCACGAAACCCAGGAGGAGAAAGGGCUGGUAGAUGAUUUGAAGAUCGCAUUGCCAACAGUACUCCGCUAUGAAGUCACGCCAUGUCCUUUCAAACGAGAAUUCACUGUUGAGCUACCGGAGGAGGCUACCGCGCCUCGGCGCAAGAAAGCCUGGCGCCCUAAGGGACGGAAAGAGGGCGUGGCGGUAUCAUCCGGGAGCGACAAAGGCUCUCCCGGUGAAGUCAAACCAGAAUGGCUUGAUUCUAUCAGUACUGGAGAUGACACUGACGGAGCUGCAACCGAUGAUAGCGCAGUAACACCAGAGGGGUCUGACAGAACAACUUUGACCGUUUUGCAAGCGCGUGACACAUCGCCUUCUCUCAGCAUAUCUGAUCUUACGGCACAACCGAGGCUUAUGCGACGAUCAGUUACCGAAACGCCACAGACAUUCAGUAGUAUCCGAGCGAAGUUUGAUGUUCCUUCAGUUCCAGAAGAACAGCGCAAUAUUGAGCCUGCGGCUGAAUCUGAGUCUACGGUUGAAUCUACGGCUGUGCCCAAAUCUGUGCUGGUUGAUGAAUCCAAGCCUGUUGCUGAAUCCGACCAUGUCUCUCAAUCCGAGCCUGGGAGUGUGGAUGUGCCUGAAACUGCGCCUCCGCUCACUCAAUCUAUUCUCGCGCAACCUCAGUUUACUGCACACCCUGAGGUUUUACAAGUGCAGUCCGACCCCACAGUCUCCAUUCAAGUAAAUGAUGGGCCUGCUGAGGUGAUGUUUAACCCAGACGAGCCUGUUGACGACGAGAAAGAUGAGGUCGAAAGUUCGCUGGCUUGCGCGGACUAUGACUGCACCAAGGCUGAACGUCAUCUUGAAAGCGAAGCAGUGGUGCCUACUGAGCCAAGUAUUGAGGAUAUUGACACCAGGUCACAUGAAACUCAGCUUGAAGUAACUACGGAUGUCCCAAUCGACCAGCAUGAAGCGGGUCUUGUCAAACAAUUUUCUGAAGCCGAUGCUUUGGAAUCCAAAGCUACUGAGGAGAGAUCCCCAGAUCUUAGCCAAGAACAUGCCCCUUUCGAGUCUGAUUCGAAGAGUGAGGAUGAGCUUACUGGCCCUAUUCAGACUGAAGCUGGACCUACUGAGUCCCAUGUUUUUGAGAGAGAAGUGACUCAACUCGGCCAAGGCCAGGCUCAAACAGAGCCCCAAUUCUCUAAGGAUGAGCCAGUGGAGGAAAUUUUUGCUGCUGAAUCUGGAAUUCAUCCCCACCAUUCGUUCUCGUCCACACCGGAAUCUUUUCAUUCAGCGGAACCUCACUCGCCAUCCGACUCAAUUUCCACCCAUGCCACUUCCUUGGGUUCUCCUAGCAGGGUACAGAAAUAUAAGAUCGCUCAUGACCAAGAUUCAUCACCAGUAUAUCCGCCCACAUACUCAAUGCCAUCUGAUAUGAUCAACGGCGCAGUCUCUAAUGCCGGCACAUUCUCGAAAGACAAGCCUUCCAAUAUUGACAGAUAUCAAAUGGCACGAGAGGAUCCAAUUCGGCCUUCAUUGAGUAUUCCGUCGACCUCGAAGCAAACCACAACACGAUCCACGUCUCCCUCGGAUCUCACUCAUAUGAGUGCCGAGUUCCGUCGCCGAGCACAGGCGACCAGACAACGUGACGUCUCCCCGAUGCCGGCCCCUUCUACUAUAUAUCGGCCGAGCCCUGGAGAAGAAGCUGCCUCACUGAUCUCCAAAGCUUUGACUCUUGUGCUGGUGCCACCCAUUUCCCUUUUCAUCGUUUUGCUCCAUAUCGCCGCCCGCAUUGUCAUCAAUCCAUCUGUCAAUUCUACCAAAGCCAUCUCUCAGUCCGGAUCACAAUCAUCUUCCAAGACCAAGGUGCCCGAAGAUGACUUCAGUUUUCCUCUGGAGCGUGAACCAUCUUCCGAAACAUUGUCUGAAUACGAAGACGCUCAAAUGACGAGGAAACUCGAUCCAUGGGACCUUGACUAG